UCACGCCUGCGCAUCCGUUUCAUUUUAACAGCCUGGAAACAGGCACGAUAAUACAUAGGUUUUUUUUGUCUGAAGUUAACUCGCUGACACUAUUGUAGCGCAAUGGCUGCGCGAUAUGACAGAGCUAUAACGGUUUUCUCUCCUGAUGGGCAUCUUUUUCAAGUGGAAUAUGCACAGGAAGCCGUGAAAAAAGGGUCAACUGCGGUGGGUAUUCGUGGGAAGGACAUUGUUGUCCUGGGUGUUGAAAAGAAAUCCGUGGCCAAGCUGCAGGAGGAGAGGACGGUCCGCAAGAUCUGUGCGCUGGAUGAGCAUGUCUGUAUGGCCUUUGCAGGCCUGACGGCAGAUGCCCGUAUCGUUAUCAACAGAGCCAGGGUGGAAUGCCAGAGCCAUAGGCUAACAGUGGAGGACCCUGUUACUGUGGAGUACAUCACACGUUACAUUGCAACACUCAAACAGCGCUACACCCAGAGUAAUGGCAGGAGACCAUUCGGGAUAUCUGCCCUAAUUGUCGGUUUUGACUACGAUGGGACUCCUCGGCUCUACCAGACUGAUCCUUCUGGAACCUACCAUGCUUGGAAGGCAAAUGCCAUUGGGCGCAGUGCAAAGACCGUGAGAGAGUUCCUGGAGAAAAACUACACAGAGGAGGCCAUUUCCACUGACAACGAUGCCAUCAAGCUGGCCAUCAAAGCACUGCUGGAGGUUGUUCAGUCAGGAGGCAAGAACAUUGAGCUGGCAAUUAUCAGGAGAAACCAACCACUAAAGCUUCUGGAAUCCAAAGAGAUUGAGACGCUGGUGGCUGAGAUUGAGAAAGAGAAAGAGGAGGAGGCGGAGAAGAAGAAGCAGAAAAAGCCUGCAACAUAGAUCUGGACCGUCUGCUUGGCCGUCUUACCUGCCCGGUCUUUGUCCUGGUUGGCCGGUGGGUCUGUUUGUUGUGUGUUUAGAGUGAGCUGUUGGAACAUGGAAGCUGCUCAAUAAACAUUUCUUUUCUAGUUUGUAAA